AUGGCAUCUAUUCUUCCAAAUUUAUGUUUUGAAGAAAUUUUCAAUUAUUUUGACGAAAACGAAAAAAUUCCACAAUUUUUUUCAUGCUUUCUCGUUAACCGUCACUGGUGCCGAAACACGGUUUCCUUCUUGUGGGAAAAUCCAUUUUACAAGAGAAAAUCACUUUCUCUCUUUCACACACUGUUAACUUGUCUUGAUAAGGAAGACAAGCAAAAGUACUUGCCAGAUUUGGUGGAAUACACACCAGCAUUUUAUUAUUAUGAAUUCAUCAAAUAUGUGAACAUUUUCUCGCUUUUGGAGUCGGCGAACGGAUUGUCAAUUAACGAAUUGAAUUUGGUAAAGAUUCUGUUUAUAAAAUUAAUCAGCUCUGAUAAAUUUCUUUAUCGUCUUGACCUCGAUUACACGCUAGCUGGGUACGAGUGGCUUGAUUACGAGAACGGCUAUCAAUUGUUUUCUAAAGAUUGGAUUCCUUUUAAUUUUCCGGGAGCCGAUCAAUCGCUAUCUCAGGUUCGUUCUUUGACUCUAGACGAAAAUAGUUUGGAGAUGAUGCUCCCGGAGGCUACACGUUACUGUCCCAAUUUGCAAGAACUUUGCAUUGUCGUGUAUUCACAAAUUGAGGAAGAUUUGCAAGGACAACAGAAACCUUAUCUCAGUAUUCUUACUGAAAUGUUGUCAUACAUUUGUCUUUGGGGUAAUCUACAAUAUCUCCAAAUUAAAGAUGGAGUUCUAAGACGUAAAUCCUGGCGGUUCACAGAGGCAGAAGAGUUCAUAACUAAACUAGGAAUCUGCCUACCAGCAAAUCACUUUAAGCAUAUAUAUUGCAAUCUCAAUUUGGAAUUUAGCCCAAUGGCUUUACAACGCUUUCUCGAAUUUACCAGAGCGAAAUGCGAAAAGCUUUCACUGCCAAACUGUUGCAUUUUCGAAACACAUCUUAAAGUUAUUACAAAAUACGCUCAAGAUAUUGGGUUAAAGAAACUCGAUAUCACGAACGCUUCUAUUUCUGAUAGUCAAGUUCUCAAGGACGCGAAAAAUAUCAUACUAGAGAUUGAAUAUUCAAAUGAUUUUAGUUAUGAACCCGAGGAAGAUGAUUUUAGUUAUGAAUCCGAGGAAGAUGAUUUUAGUUAUGAACUCGAGGAAGAUUUGAAUUUUUAUUAUCACCGUUACGCUGGUUUUUCUUAUGGUGGUGAAUUUUAUGGAUCGUGA